AUGGCGGCGUCAUCUGCAGAGGCAUUUGGCAACUUCACUUGUUACAUCCCCAUCCACACCAACUAUGCGCAGAUGGAGAACAUCGCCGUGUUCUUGCAGCACAUGCCGGGCAAGCUGUUCGUGUAUGAGUGGAACACGGAGAAAGAGAAGAUGGUGAACGAGUUUAGCUCCAAGGCUCGCUGGCCCAACGCCGAAGUGUUCGAGUUCGGAGAGGAGGAGGUGUACCAGCAGCUCCUCCGCGAUGAGCAGGCCGGGCGUCACGUCGUGGUGGUCCUCACCGCCUCCACCAACUACCCCUUCGCUCGCUCUCAGCUCCGCUUCUUCAAGGCCAUGCAGGCGCAGUUCCCUUCGACUCUGGUGGACGUCAUGCCGCUGGGUCACUGCAUGUACGGCUGUGACAGCUGCUCGGUCAGGGAGCACCAGAUCCCGCUCUUCUUUACUCGCUUCUUCACCAAGACUCUUCCCUACACCAAAGACGACCUCUCGGCCAAGUACGGCCUCUCCGCUGCCCGUGAGGCCGGCAAGAAGGUGGUCCUCAUUUCUCCCUCGGUCUACGCCAAGAGCUUCCUGACCAACCGCGCCUUCAUCGACUCGCUGAUCAAACUCCAAGCCAGCGAGGGAGAUAAGUUCCACUUCUUGGUGAAGCUCCACGGCUACUGCUUCUUUACCUACAAGGAGGAGGAGAACGGCGAGGUCACCUCCCACCCGCUCCACUCCCUGUCGGACACGGAGCGGGAGAACAUCAAGCUGCUGCAGGACAACUUCAAAACUGCCGACGAGACCGAGUACAACGUGCUGCCCUUCAUCGAGGCUGCCGACGCCGUCCUGACCGACUUGGACUCCAGCGUGGCGUUCGAAGCGCUUUACUUCCCCAACGUUGCCAUCCUGGCCUACGACUACCGCCAGCCGGGUGAUGAAGACGCUGACGAAGACGAGGAGAAGAAGGAGUACCACUCGUUCCUCCACCUCUUCAAGGGCGUGGAACAGCUGAGCAGCCUGCUGCACUCGCCCCUGAAGCCCAAGCACGAGGUCAAGGGCAAGCAGUUCUUCGAGAAGAAGUACGGCCAGGUCACCGGCAGGGAGAUGGAGAGCAUCGCCGAGUCGAGGGGCUGGUUCGUGCCGCACGGCGAAGCCGCCGAGAGCCAGUCGAAGAGCGCCGAGGAGAGGUGGGCUCACGUCCAGAACAAGCUCAAGGAGGAGUUCGACGAGGAGUCGUCCACCCCUCUCGACUACAUGGCCCGCGGAUGUGAGAUCCCGGCCGACGUGCUCGACUUCACGCUCUUCCUGCAGGCGCAUCAGCAACAGCUGCAGAGCAUGCGCGUGCCCGAGAGCCUGUGGAGGAAGCUGCACAACAAGGUAAAGAACGAGAUCUUCGAUUCGGGCAACUACUUCCAGUUCGCGAUGGACGAAGACGGUAACAUGCUCCUGAUGCUCAACGACGAGCUCGAGAACGGACUGGCGGCCGGCUCCGAUGUCUUCCUGGUGGACCACUUCUGGACCACCACGAUCGACAACUCGCGAAACCAGCUGAGGACGGUGCCCAAUCUGUUGGGCCGCAUGAGCGCCAUUCUGGGCAUCAACCCCGAGGAGGCGGGUGACAAGGAAGCGCUGGUCGAAGAGGUGUGGAAGAAUAUGUGGAAGUUCAACCAGACCUACCGCGUGCGCCUCGACGACGUCGACAAGGAGGGCACUCCCGUUUGGUACCGACAAGGAGGAAGAGGCCCAAGAAAAGAAGGAGGGCGAAGACGAAGAGGAGGAAGAGGAAGAAGAGGAGGAGCCGGCUCGUGCAUUCCGUUCUUCUACAACGCCCGCGGCGUUUCGUACUCCAUCCUCUGGCCCGUGGUGGACCUCGAGCCGGGCGACAUCAUCACCCGCGACUUCCUGGAGGGCGUCAAGGGCGACCUCCAGCGAGCGGCCAGAGGAGUCGCGUUCGGCAUCGACGAAGGCGAGGAGUACGCCGAGCUGUUCCGGGAGGCCCUGCAGCGUCACCAGAAGAACAUCGCGUCGGUGGUCCCGCCCACGCGUCCUGCGCCGCAGCAGGUCUCCGCCCAAUCGACCCCGAGCACGCACCUCAAGGUGUUCUCCGACACCCAAUUCCUGAAGAAGGCGCUCACGUGGGACCGCUUCUCCGUUGUUGAGGAGGUCAAGGACGCCGAUGUGCUGUGGUUCAGUGACGACGUGGGCAACAUUCAGGACCUUCUCAGCAAUGAGAAGCAGCUGGUGAACCAGUACCCGAACGAGAUGUGCGUCACGUACAAGCAUAAGCUGGUUGAGACGAUCCUCAGGUGCUGGGGCGAGACCUGCGACUGGCUGCCCGCCACGUACAACCUCAACACCCAGCUGCCCCAGUUCAUCGCGCACUGGCGGGAGGCCGAGGGGAAGAAGAACGAAGGCGACGCAGACGCGCAGAAGGCGGAUAACCUCUGGAUCGUCAAGCCCUGGAACAAGAGCCGAGGCCUGGAGAUCUUCGUCACCGACAGCCUGGCCCCCAUCAUCAGGUCGAUCGAGACCGGUCCCAAGAUCGCUAGCCAGUACCUCAGCCGGCCGGCCCUCUACAAGGGCCGCAAGUACAUCAUCAUGGUCCGCUCGCUGCAGCCGCUGGAGAUGUACGUCUACCGCAUGUUCUGGAUCCGCGCCGCCAACAAGCCCUUCUCGCUCGACCACCUUGACGACUACGAGAAGCACUUCACGGUGAUGAACUACUCGACGUACAACCUGGAGCAAAUCCUGUACACUGACUUCAUCAAGACGUUCGAGGCCGAGCACCCGUCCGUGCAGUGGGAGCGCGACGUGCAGUCGAAGAUCAACCAGAUGUUCCGCGACGUGUUCGUCGCUGCCACGCAGGCCUCGACGGAGAAGUGGAGCGGCCUCCUAGCACCGCUCAACGACGCUGCGGACAAAAGCAGGGACCUGCGCCAGCAGUGCCGUGGCAUGUACGGCGCCGACCUCAUGAUCGACGAGCACAUGAACCCGGUGCUGCUCGAGAUGAACUUCUCGCCCGACUGCAAGCGCGCGGUCAACUACGAUCCGGACUUCUUCAACGUCGUCUUCACCUCGCUCUUCACCGACGACUGGAAGGACGACACCACACGCAAAGAGCUCGUCAUGAGCAAGAUCGCCCUCAUCUAG